AUGGAUCAAAUAAAAAAUGAAUUGCGUGGGAACUUGAUGCAAUCACAACAAAUUGAUGAAGUUGAUGAUGUUGACGAUAUUGCAUACCCGCCUGACAUUUCUUCCUAUGAAAGGUCUGCAUAUCGUCAAGCAUUCUAUGCUUCAAAACAGACGGAAUGGGAAAGAGACCAAUCUCGUAGGUUUGCAGCUUAUUUCUUAAAUGCAAAAUGUCAAUACAAAGAAGGUGUUGGGGAAGAUCCUUAUUUUCUUGAUGCAGUUCACAAAGUUUUUAACACCCUUGAGCCACAUUCCUCGGGCCUGGAUCAAAUUGGAAAUGAGAUUAUUAUAUUUAGAGAUGCUAAAAGAAGCUUUGGAGAAGCAGCUGCUAAAGCAGCUAGGGCAACCAUGGCACCUGCUGAUUGGUGGAUGAUGUAUGGAUCAAGUGCUCCAAUCCUAAGAAAGCUAGCAUUGCGCAUUUUGUCACAAACCGCAUCUUCAUCAGCUUGUGAACGAAAUUGGAGCACAUUUGCACUCAUUCACACAAAGCAAAGAAAUAGACUAGCCUACAGCAGACUUCAGCAGCUUGUUUUUUGUUAUUACAACAUGAAGCUUCGAAUAAGAGAUAUGGAGGCCGAAAUGGACAAAGUGGCUGAACAAGAUCCCCUGGACCUUCUUGACAUAUCAGUUGAAUUGGGUGAUGAGGAUGAGUAUCCACUUUUUCAAUGGAUUAGGCCAUCUCAUCUUGAUGAACGAGACGGAAGUCCCCAUCCACAAAUGGCCAAGCAUGCACAAGAUGACUUUGGCAUCGAUGUUAAUCAGGUAAUGGUAGAAGAAGUAAUAUCUAGUAGUGAUGAUUCUCAAAUGAAUCUUGGAUCUAGAUAUGGAACUUCAUCUAUGCCCUCUGGUGGUGAUGAUGAUAAUGACGACGAUGAUGCUGGUGGUGACGGAUCUAACCUCCGCGAUAGCAGUGGGCAAGGUGGUGAUGGUGGGGACUAUGGAGGAAAUGAAGGAUGGCAAGAUUAUAGACCAGAAGUGGAAUAUACACGUCCUUCCCAACUAGAAGAUGAGGGUCCACAAAGAGAAACACGUCCAGUUGAUAGGCAGUACAGUCGUAGAAAAGGAAAAGGGAAGAUGCAAUCUGUUGGAUACUUGACUUCAAACUUUCCUCUGCGACUCUGCAAGGCCUUGGAGUUUGGAGUGAAGUGCACUGUACGAUUUUUGUCAAUGGUUUUGGCUGGGUUUGAAAAUCAAAACAUGUAUGAAGAAACCUCACAUAAUGGAGUUCAUGUCACACCCCAUCAGGAAGCACCUACUGUUCUCGAUGUUAACCAUUGGGCAUUCAACUGA